CCGCUCUUCUGUAAUUUAGACUCCAGUGUGCCGCGCACAGUGCGCAAAUUCGUAAACCCGCCCGCUCGUUUCCUGGUUUCUGAAUCCCGAGCCGUCAAACCUGGCAGAAAGACUCUCUUCACCCUCUGAUGAAGAUGACAGCACCCGGAGAGUUAACUUCUCUUUACAUGGGACUCACAGCUCCUGCAAAUCAUGCUCCCAGGCUGCAGCCCUGCCCGGGCCCCCUCCCCCAGCGCCGGCUCCACAGGAGGUCGGAGGCUACCAACGCUGCGGGGGGAACCUUGUGUGGGCGGAACUGGAGUGCAGCGGCGGGAGGCUUCCGGGGGAGCUGCACAGGCGACGGGUCGGCGGAGGCAGAAAAGCGCCGGACGCCGGGCCCAUCAUGGACGCUUGACAACCUACGGGCAGGCGCUGGGAGGCCGAGCCAGCAACGAGGAGGACAGAGUGGCGGCGCGGACAGAUCUCAAGGCCAGAGAAUGGCAGGUGAACAGAAACCUUCAAGUAACCUUCUGGAACAGUUUAUUUUACUAGCCAAAGGUACCAGUGGCUCAGCCCUCACUGCUCUUAUAAGUCAAGUUUUGGAGGCUCCUGGAGUAUAUGUCUUUGGAGAACUCUUAGAACUGGCCAAUGUGCAGGAGCUUGCAGAAGGUGCUAAUGCUGCUUAUUUGCAGUUGCUGAACCUGUUUGCCUAUGGAACCUAUCCAGAUUACAUAGCCAACAAGGAGAGCCUGCCAGAACUGAGCACAGCUCAGCAGAACAAGCUGAAACAUCUGACCAUUGUGAGCUUGGCAUCGAGAAUGAAGUGUAUCCCCUACUCCGUGCUGCUGAAGGACCUGGAGAUGCGGAAUCUCCGGGAACUAGAAGACCUCAUCAUUGAGGCGGUCUACACUGAUAUCAUCCAGGGCAAAUUGGACCAGCGGAACCAGUUGUUAGAAGUGGAUUUCUGCAUUGGCCGUGACAUCCGAAAGAAGGAUAUCAAUAAUAUUGUCAAGACCUUGCAUGAAUGGUGUGACGGCUGUGAAGCAGUUCUGUUAGGCAUCGAGCAGCAAGUUCUGAGAGCCAACCAGUACAAAGAGAACCACAACCGGACUCAGCAGCAGGUAGAGACAGAGGUUACCAACAUCAAGAAGACACUCAAAGCCACUGCGUCCUCCUCGGCACAGGAGAUGGAGCAGCAGUUAGCUGAACGGGAGUGUCCCCCUCAUGCUGAACAGAGGCAGCCCACCAAGAAGAUGUCCAAAGUGAAAGGUCUGGUCUCCAGCCGCCACUAGGGCCGGCUGGGGCAGCUGGCACUCACCAGGCCUGAGUCAGGUGGGGAGGGGACACCAAGGGCCUAUUUCCUCCCCUCUCUACCUUCAGUGAGUUCCAGACCUGCCCGUCCCCUCACCAGCGCCUCCCUACCCCAUUGGUACUGUUCCAGAAAAAUCGUUACUCCUUUGCCUCCCCCACUCCCUCCUCCCCCACUCGUUCCCUUCAGACUCAGGGGCUCCACUGAUGCCAUCCUAACAGGGUCAGACACUGCCCAGCUUUCCUCCAGGAGGUUCUUGUCUCCCUUUAAGGGCUUGUCUCCCUCCCAGUUUUUCUUUUGCUCCAUGCAGUGGUCAUAUUUUGUCAGGCUGGUCAUAAGCCAGAGGGAGCUUUAACCAGCCCCCAGGGGUGACUGCGAAGGAGGCCUCCCUCUGAGCAAGGAGGAGGCAGUCCUUCUCCAGCCCCUUGUGCCACAGCACCCAAAAUGGUGCAGAUGAUCUCUAGUCAGGUAUCACAAUGCUUUGUUCUCCCUCUCCUGCCCUACCCUUUGUUGGCAGCUCUGCUGCAGGCCGUGGAGGGAUGUGACGCUGGGCUAUGUUUACUAAACCCGCAGGUUUUCAGCCUCUUUUAAGCCCAGUUCCCAUCUCUCACUAGUUGGGAGCACUGGGCUGUCUUACCUCCAGUAUCUGAGCACAGAUGGCGGGUGCUGUGGGUCUGCGGGUGACAGAAGUUGUUUAUUCCGGCUUGGUGUUCUUUGCUGGCCUCUCUUCCUGCUUGCCUCUUACCCCUUCAGACUUUUUAUCAUUGUGUUGGCCCCAGCUGCCCACUGUGGGGAUCUGCCAACACUUGCUCUCCCAAGAUCUUUAAUUCCUCCCGGGCUGCAUCCGUGGUGGGGCUGGUGGUGCCGAGGCCCCUGUGGUGAAGGACUUGUUGCUGCUUUUGUCUUUUUCUUUCCUCCCCCUUCUUGGCUGAUGACCCAGAGCCCUUUGAUGAUGGCAUUCUCCUGGCAAGAGAAAAGGACUUGACUAGCCUUUCUGAACUUGAACAGUUUCAGGUUAUAUUUUAUUUUAUUUUUUUGUACAGGUUCUGAUUCUAAUACAUUUCAACAUGCUUUUUUUUC